CGACUCGUCAGUGCGGCCUGAACGGUUAACCGGCCUACUUGUUCGCGUGGUUCUUUCGAUUCCUUUCAUUCUCGCAAUUUACGUCGUCGAAAUCGUCGUCAUCGUCGCCGUCGUCGUCGUCGCCGCCGCCGCCGUCGUCGUCGCCGUCGUCGUUGUCGUCGUCGUCGUCGUCGUCGUCGUCGUCGUUGUCGUUGUCGUUGUCGUUGUCGUUGUCGUCGUCGUCGUCGUCGCCGUCGUCGUUGCCGUCGUUUCUCAGCUCUUCGCCAUCGACCACGAACCAUCAAGUUUUAGCGACUGUUUGCUCGCGGAACACACGUGAGUUGUAAUAAGCGAGGUACAGCUUGGUUUGUCGUUAAUUCGUGUUGUCGGUGUUCGACUUGCCCUUGCGAUUCGAGUUGGAAAAUUUGCCGUCGAUGAAGAGUCACGUAAGAUAACGAAAAUAAUCGAAGAAAGGGAAGAGAAAGGUAAAAAAGCGAGCAAGGUCGAGAGAAUUUGAGCGAGAAAAAGAGGCGGCCAAUAAACGGAGAGCUCGGCCGAAGCAGCAGCAGCAGCAGCACGCACGUUUCGGCUAAAACCUCGUAUUCCGCUUGUCGCCGCUGUUCUCGUCGUGGUGCUUGUUGCCGAGCUGGACGCAAGGGCAGAAGAAGCAGGGACGGUGCUUGCUCUCUUAGAAAUUCCCAAGCGAUGAUCCGUGAACUUGGAAUGUAGACGGAAGGGCGGAAAAGCGGAUCUGCCCCUCGCAGGAUCGAAGGAAGGGCUUUUCUUCCACCUCCGCUAUCAUCUUCGCCGUUACCUCACCUUUAAAUACCUGAGAUCUCCACAUCUAGACUUGGACAUUGCGAGGACACGAUGUCAAGAAACCGAAGUUCCUUGAGCAAGUUCGAGGCCCUGAUGGUGCUAAGUUUAACGGUACUCGUUCAACUGGACGUCUGUUGGUGCACGCCGUCUCACAGAAGCAGACAUCACGCGGACAUGUCCUACGAGGACACGAAGAGUUUCCGAAGCAGCGAGGAGCUGCCUAGACCAGCCGCCCUCAAUUCGAACGACGAUCCGCUGGUAGUGCAAACCAGAAAGGGCAAGGUCAAGGGUAAGACCAUGACUGCCACCACGGGAAAGGAGGUCGACGCCUGGUUCGGGAUCCCUUACGCGCAGAAACCUCUCGGAGCUCUGAGGUUCCGGCAUCCGAGACCUGCGGAACGUUGGUCAGGAACUCUAAACGCAACUACGCUACCGAAUAGCUGCGUGCAGAUUUUGGACACGGUGUUCGGCGACUUCGCAGGUGCGACUAUGUGGAAUCCGAACACACCGUUGAGCGAGGACUGUCUUUACGUGAACGUGGUCGCGCCACGGCCUAGGCCUACCAAUGCCGCUGUUAUGGUAUGGAUAUUCGGUGGUGGCUUUUACUCCGGAUCGGCGACCCUCGACGUUUACGAUCACAAAACCCUGGUGUCCGAGGAGAACGUGAUUCUAGUCUCGAUGCAGUAUCGAGUCGCCAGCCUGGGUUUCCUGUACUUCGGAACGUCGGAUGUUCCUGGGAACGCCGGUCUGUUUGAUCAGAUGAUGGCCCUUCAGUGGGUCCGCGACAAUAUCGCUGCCUUUGGCGGAAAUCCUGACAACGUGACCCUGUUCGGAGAGAGCGCGGGCGCCGUUUCCGUUUCUAUGCACCUCCUUUCGCCUCUAUCAAGGCAUCUCUUCAGUCAAGCCAUCAUGCAGUCUGGCUCUCCGACAGCACCUUGGGCCAUCAUCUCGCGCGAGGAGUCGAUCAUGCGCGGCAUUCGAUUGGCAGAAGCUGUCGGUUGUCCUCACGAUCGCGACAACUUGCAAGAAGUGAUCGAUUGUCUGCUGAUUAAGGAUCCGAUCGAAUUGGUGAAGAACGAAUGGGGCACCCUGGGCAUCUGCGAGUUUCCGUUCGUCCCCGUGAUUGACGGCGCCUUUCUCGAUGAAACGCCACAACGCUCGUUGGCCACCUCGUCCUUCAAAAAGGCCAACAUCAUGAUGGGCUCGAACACCGAGGAAGGUUUCUACUUUAUUAUUUACUAUCUCACCGAGCUGUUUCGCAUCGAUAUGGCCGAGGAUGUAAAAGUCAGCAGGGAACAGUUCGUUAGCGCCGUUACCGAAUUAAAUCCGUACGUCAAUCAGUUUGGAAGGCACGCCAUUAUCUACGAGUACACGGACUGGCUACGCCCGGACGACCCUCACAUGAAUCGCGACGCCCUGGAUAAAAUCGUCGGCGACUAUCAAUUCACUUGCAACGUGAACGAAUUUGCUGGCCGUUACGCCGAUACGGGAAACACCGUUUACAUGUAUUAUUACAAACACAGAUCGGCGAACAACCCAUGGCCAAGAUGGACCGGUGUGAUGCACGCCGACGAAAUCAGCUACAUCUUUGGCGAGCCGUUGGAUUCUUCGAAAGGAUACAUGCCCGAGGAGAUAAAUUUGUCCAAGAGAAUGAUGAGAUAUUGGGCGAACUUUGCAAAAACAGGGGAUCCGAACGUCGGAGACGUCGAGUCAUGGACGCAGACCUAUUGGCCGCCGCACACUGCCGCCAAGAAGGAAUACCUGACGUUGGAUACCAACAGUUCCGAAAUCGGAAACGGACCUAGAGCGAGGCAGUGCACUUUUUGGAAGAAAUACCUUCCGCAACUCCUCGCCGCUACUUCGAAACUGGAACUUAGUCAGAAGAUGGCAUGUAGCGGCACGAGAAUAACCGACGGAGGACAUCUGUUCCUGAUGUUGAGCCUGCUGCUAAUCGGUACUCUGUUCAGUCAUAGGAUCGCGAUUCAGUCGAAUGCGAACAGUGUGCCGGAGAUGAUGGACCCCAGGGGCCUCGUCUAGCUUCCGCAGUUAGCUCUUUGGAUCGUUCUCGAUCGUGCGGGAAGAGGCCAAUGGAACGCGAAUACGGACCAGCGAAACGAUCGACGACCUUCUAAAGCGUGUAAACGAAUCAAUGGCAUCGUUCGUUGAUAUCUCGAGGCGAUUCGAAGCGAGACAGACACAUAUCAAUGCAGCGGAGGGCGCUCGAUCGACCCAUUUAUACACGAUCGUCUUGUCACCGGUUCGCUAGUGAGAAAGAUCUUGUAGAUCGAGAGACAAAUCUACGUCGUCCCUUAGAGGAGGGGACGCGGCAGAAACUGUACGCUAGACAAAGGACUCGAAGAUUUCCUUGAAUCGACGUAAUCGAUCACCAAAGAGUGUCGUUUUAUCGUUCUCCAAUUUUAGUCGUUCCUCUAUUCUCAGUGUUUCGAGAGCGCGAUAGACAAAGUCCUCGCGAAUCGAGAACGUGACCGUGGUUGAUAUCGUUGGCGGAGUCGCAAUACACGAAGAAAAUAGUAAUCGUAAAGAUAUAACGUACACGGCGAAUCGAAAUUUACUACGCGUACCGCACGUUUCCAGGUACGGGACACGCGACGCGUGACACGCUCUCGAUCGAACAAGACGCUCCUAGUUGUAAGAACGACGCCAACAUCCUAAAACCAUCAAUUGGUCCCUCGUAAAUCGUCUGACCUACUCCGACAGCGACUACUCACGCGACCAAUGUAAAAACACGCUCGUACCGCGCUUUAUUCCGCGUUUGCAAUUUCGCUCGGGUAUCGCAAAUUGUAGUUGGUUCUUGAAACUAAGAAUUUCCAUGGGGAUCAACGGGCAACGAGUACAACGUAACGCGCGACUAAUUUGAUCGACCCGUUGCACCUGAGAGGAAAAAAAAUACGCUAGAAAAUAGAAUUUGAUGGCGGCCAGACAGCGUACACGCUCUUCCCGUACGUUCUAGCUUUUGAUUAACGCCGCGGCAAUAUAGGUCACUGCAUCGGUGCUUUUAUUUUACAAGCGGGAUCACCGCCGUGGAUCUGCACGUUAUCGCGAAACGCACUCGGCCCCUAGAUAUUUAAUCUACCCGCGACAGGAUAAUCCGCGCGCUAUUCGCUGAAAAAUGUCAUCGCACAAACGAUCGUUAUCCUUUAGCUCGGCGAACUUUGUGCGAUCGUCGAACGAUCGCAUUCGCGCUGAAGAAAAUUUGUAGAAAAAUUGUCGCAAAGUGCACGCGCGAUCCGAUGUCCGUGGAUUUUCCGAAAGGCUAGAAACGUUCUGUGGACCGUCGGUCGAUGCAUUCGCCAGGCUUUCGUUUCGGGGGCACGACUUCCUUUUAAUCUUGCCGUUAUUGCUGCUGCAACUGUCUACCAACAGGUACGGUAAUGCGAGCCGCAAUUCGAUCUAUAUACUCUGCGGCCGCUUAUACGUGCGCAUGUUUGUAAUGCGGUGCAACUACUGCAGAGUCGAUUGCAUUCGUAGAAAUUGCGGAGAUUUAAACGCCGUGGGUCCGACCAACAGCUCGGCCAUGCUGGAACAUCCGUCCGAUAUUAUCGUAGCGAUCGCCGCGAAUAAAUCUCCUCCUCGUUCCGUUCGUCGCGCGACGCCACUCCAGACGCGAUCGUUCCCACAAAUAGAGACGUAGAAACCACAGACGUAUAUCUCUGUUUUUAUUUGCACUCGAUUUAUUUGGAAAAAGAAAAACGGAUUGGCCGAUUCGGUGAUGGAAAGUACAAUAGAUUUUCGCGCAAGGCACGUACACGUCGAUACGUUGCAUCGACGGCAAAUUGACAGAAAUCAUGACGGUCUUCUGCAUCGAGUCCCGACAGAAUUGCAAAUUGCAUUCGGUUCAACGCGACUGAUUUAUCAGCGGUAAACUGAUCGACAUUGACUACGUGGAUGGAAUGCUCGAUCGAUGGUCCGUUCGUGGUACAAGAGAAACGGAUGGUCGGCGUGACGGAUUUGUUCCAAGGACGGUUGUUUGCAAUUUCAAAAUUAUCAGUUAAUGGCAUCGCUAAGAUGAUAGGAGAAAGAAGGCGAAACGUUGUUUCUUCGCCAACGAUUCUAAACUGCCGAACCGUUCUUCGUUGUUCUCCGGAUAAGAUCUAUCGUUCGUACGAACGCUC